UUGAAUUACACACUCUUCCUACUUUCGCACUAGUACCAGCAUCAUGGCCAUUGAAACCCUUGCUCCCCAGGACGUUCCUACAACGCUCAACUAUUACAUCGCAACAGACGAUUUACCGGCUUAUAACUACGUUGACGAGCCUCCUGAAGGUGUACCCAGGACGAAUAUUGGUGCUGACGCGCAGUCAGUGAUCAUCCACGAUAUUCGCGGCCGCGAGGACACUGUGGGCCUUGAUAAGACAGGCUUUCAGUUUGUGCACCACGUGAGCCAGGAGAAGGAAUUCGUCGAUGAGGAAGCUAUCAAGGCGACAUAUUACAAAGAAGUCCAAGACAUCUUGAAGAAAUAUGCUGGAGCCAAGAGAGUCGCGAUCUUUGACCACACGAUCAGGCGAAACGUUUCCGACGACAGAUCUCAGCAGAAACCUGGCGCUAGAGGUCCCGUGCAACGCGUCCACGUUGAUCAAACAUAUGCAGCUGCUCUAGAGCGGGUUCGCCUCCACCUGGGAGAUGAUGCCGAACGCCUUCUCAAAGGACGCGUUCGUAUCAUCAACGUCUGGAGACCUAUCGGAAACCCCGUCGCACAUGAUCCUCUGACCGUGGCCGACUAUCGCUCCAUUAAUCCUGACGAAGAUCUUGUGUCUACUCGCCACAUCUACCCGCACAGAGAAGGUUCGACGUUUUCUGUGCGGUACAAUCCUGCGCAUCGCUGGUAUUACUUGGCCAACCAAACCCCUGACGAGGUCACUCUCAUCAAGUGCUUUGACUCUGACACGGACAAGGCGCGCCUGACUCCUCACAGUGCCUUUAAGGACUCCACCAGCCCACCUGAGGCCCCUCAUAGACAAUCCAUCGAGGUUAGAGCUUUGGUGUUUGACACCGAGUAGAAGAAUUUCUCAAGUCAUUAGAUUAUUGUCGAGGUUUCAUGUAAGGUUCUGAAGUAAUCGCAUCGUGUACUUUGUAUCCAUUUCGUUAUUACUAGAUCUACAUAGCAAUGUUUUGCAUGUAUGUAAGUUCGUUCAACCAUAUGAAAAUUGUCAGCAGCAACG